AUGGAGCCGUAUAAGCCCGAGCCCGAGUUCCAGCGGUUUUACCACCGGUUGCUGCGUCCGCUGUCUCUCUUCCCCCGCACGACGACGCGCACAGAGUCUCAGAAGCGCCUCCCGCAGGAGGUCCCGAUGCUGCUGCCCCUACCGGUCUCACGGCUGACGGUGGCGUCGCUCUGCCGCCGGGUAGCCGAGCGGCUGGCCAACAGCGGGCUGGAGGCGCGCGCGCCUCGCAAGGUACGACUCCGUUUCACCGAGGUCAUCUUGGACGAGCUAAAGUGCAGCUGGCAGGAGCCCCCCACCGAACCUGGUCUGAGCCACUUGAACAAUCGGAGGCUGCGGAAGCGGCUCCUGGUCUACGUGCUGCUCAGCAGCGAGCAGCUCUUCGUACGCUACCUGCACCUUCAGAAGAUCAUGUCGACCCCCGCAGCUGUCUUCACCGAAUCAGCCACGCUCACCCGGUUGGCCGCCAGCCUCGCCAGGGACUGCACAGUCUUCCUCACCGGCCCCGAGGUCUACCGUGGCCUGCUCGCUGACUUCUGCGCCCUGCUGAAGGAAGGCCAGGUCCAAGUCUGCGUGCCCAGAGUGCGCCCCCUCGGCCCCACUGGGGCUUUCAGGCUCUGCGCUAUCCCAUGGCAUCACAGCACUGGCUUUGCCCAAGUGCCGUAUUUCAACCUCAGCCUGAACUACCUCAUCCAGCUCAGCCGCCCGCGGGAGUUUGUCAGUGAGCCUGAACCGGAUCCAGUGAAGGAAUUGAAGUCCAUUCCCCAGCUGAAGAAGAGGAAGCCUCUCUGCUGGCUGUCCACCAUGCAAAAGAGGAGAGAAAGCAACUUCAAUUCACAGAUUGCCUCACUGCCUGGGUCCUCUGUGGCUCCCCCCAGCCAGGCUCCCCCCACCUCCCACUUGCCCCUCUCCUCCCAGCUCCAGAGGGGCCAGUCCAUGCCCUCUCUGCGUGAGGGCUGGAAACUAGCAGAUGAGUUGGGCCUUCCUCCACUCUCUCCUCGCCCCUUAACCCCACUGGUCCUGGUUGCAGAGAGCAAACCAGAGCUGGAAGGGGACACUGUGGCUGAGGACCUGAAGCAGAGGAUGAAGAACAUGCAAUUGGGGUGGUCUCACUACUCACCGCUGGACUCGGGCCUGCCCCCACUCUUGGGGGCCCUGACCUACCGCCCAGCUGCAACACAUCACAUGGAAGAGCUGCAGAGAAUGUUGAAGGGCCUCGAGGAGAAGGAAGCCUCAGAGCAGUGGAGCCUCCAGUCCCCCAGAUCCCCUCCCCUUGAACCACAGCCAGUCACUGUUACUUUGAAGCUAAGAAAUCAGGUGGUCCAGGCAGCUGCUGUACAGGUCUCAGCAAGAAACUUUUUGGAUUCCUUCCACGUUGAGGGGGCCGGAGUCCUAUACAACCACCUGGCUGGUGAACUGGAACCCAAACUUAUGGAGGAAAUGGAUACUGAUCGCACUUUUGGCAGUAGCAUCAGGGAGGUCUACAAGGAGCUGAUGAGCCGUGUCUCUAAUGACCACUUCUCUUUUGACCAGGGGCCCCUGGUUGAGCCUGCAGCCAAUAAAGACUGGUCGGCCUUCCUAUCCUCAGCCUUUCUACGUCAAGAAAAACAGCGUCGUAUCAUCAACACCAAGCUGGCUGGACUUUAUUCCCAGAGAGCCAACACUUUACAGUCCAACCCUGAUAAGAUGUCCUCCCUCACAUCACUCCAAGCAAGUAAAAGCUGGGAGAAGUGGUCAAACAAGGCCUCAUGGCUGAACUGGUGGAAAACGACUUUGUCUGUGGGUGACUACUUCAAGUACCUCACCACCCAGCAGACAGAUUUCCUCCAUGUCAUCUUCCAAAUGUAUGAAGAAGAGGUUCCUGUGGAGAUCGUGGCCCCUGUCAGAGAGUCCCUGAAGAUUCAGCACCCACCGCCCUUGCUGGAAGACGAUGAGCCAGACUUUGUGCCAGGAGAAUGGGAUUGGGACACGGUGCUGGAGCGCAGGCUGGGAACUAAGAACAACAGCCUCCUGGAAGACUCUCACAAAAUCCUGAGCCUGCAGAAGCGUCUGGAGCGGCUGUGGUCCAUGCUUGAGGUCCCUGACAAAGACCGGCUGGACAUGGCCAUCAAGUACAGCUCCAAUGCCCGCCUGAGGCAGCUGCCGUCACUGGUGAGUGCCUGGGAGCGGGCCUUGCAGCCCAUUCAGCUGCGGGAGAUAUUGCUGGGGAGACUGGAGUGCUUUGAGCGACAAGCCUCCGACCCUAACCGCUUCUUCCACAAGACCGACAUGGGCCUGAGUCGCUUCCUGGAGGAGAAUCAGAUCCGCAACCAUCUCCAUAAGAGGCUCAGUCUAGUGGAGGCUCCUUUGGUUCCCCUCCUGGAGGAGAUCGAGUUAGUCUUUGGUGAGCCAGUGACCUUCAAGGGGCGGCGCUACCUGGACAAGAUGAAGCAUGACAAAGUGGAGAUGCUCUACUGGCUGCAGCAGCGGCGGCGGGUCCGCCACCUGGUCCGGGCCAAGAGGGCCUCCCAUCCGUCAGCCCUGUCCAGGAAGCUCAGCAGCCAGCCUUUAAUAGCCCCUGAGAGUACUCCCAUUACUCUUUAACCAGGCGAAGUGCCCUCAGAUCCCUCCCUCACCCCCAUACACCCAGCAGCUCA